AUGCAUGCAAAGACUGACUCUGAGGUUACUAGCCUUGACGCAUCUUCCACCACAAGAUCCCCUCGUCGACAAGCAUACUAUGUUCAAAGUCCAUCUCACGAUGGUGAAAAAACUACUACUUCCUUCCACUCAACUCCUGUCAUCAGUCCAAUGGGUUCUCCACCUCAUUCCCACUCUUCCUCCAGCCGUUUCUCCGGUUCCCGCAAAAUCAACAACAACCACCGCAACACCAAACCUUGGAAAGACAUCGAUGUCAUUGAAGAAGAAGGUCUGCUUCAAAACCAAGAUCAUGACCGUUCUCUCUCUCGUCGUUACUAUUUCCUUGCUUUUAUUCUUGGCUUUUUUCUCUUGUUCACUCUUUUCUCUCUUAUACUCUGGGGUGCUAGUAGACCCAUGAAACCCCAUGUCGUAAUUAAGAGUAUAAAAUUCGAUCAUGUUAGAGUUCAAGCUGGUUCUGAUGCAACCGGUGUGGCUACUGAUAUGAUCACGGUGAAUUCAACCGUGAGAUUCACUUAUCGGAACAAAGGCACAUUCUUUGGUGUUCAUGUUUCGUCCACGCCUUUAGAUCUAUCCUAUUCAGAUAUCGUAAUUGGCACCGGCAAUAUGAAGAAAUUCUAUCAAUCAAGGAGAAGUCAAAGACUAGUGAGUGUAUCAGUGAUGGGAAGCAAGGUGCCAUUGUAUGGAAGUGGUGCUAGUCUAAGUAGCACAACAGGCAUGCCAAGUACACCAGUGCCAUUGAAAUUGAGCUUUGAGAUUAGAUCAAGAGCUUAUGUGCUUGGAAAAUUGGUGAAACCAAAAUACUACAAAAAGGUUCAAUGUUCUGUCACAUUUGAUCCCAAGAAAAUCAACGUUUCUGUUCCUCUCAAGAAGAAUUCUUGCACCUAUGAUUGA